GAAGCUUGAUCUCCAAGCGAAAACUCACAUGGGGAUCGGAUAAGAAGUUGCCUCUUCCUCCUCCUCCAUUAAAACCCCCGAAUUCCUCCAUGAGGGUCAACUUUUUUUAGAAGAGAGACGAAGAGGGAUCGAUGGCUUUUCCUCAGGAAGACCUCGAUCUGGUUCUUGUGCCGAUUGGGUUGCUCCUCAUGUUCGCUUACAAUCUCUUCUUCCUAUACAGAUACCUUCACUUCCCCAAAACGACAGUGAUGGGCAUCGAAAACGACGAUAAAAGGGCUUGGGUUGAGGCGAUUUUGCAGGGAAAUGUGGACGUACAAUCGGUCGGGGUGAGCGUCGUCACAUCGAACGUGUCAGCCGCGACCUUCUUCGCCUCGGUGUGCCUGACCCUCUGCUCCCUUCUCGGCGCGUGGAUUGCCAACUCGCCCUCCUCCUCAAACAUCUUCAACGCCGUCCUCCUCUUCGGCGACUCGAAGCCGUCCACGGCAGCGGUCAAGCACCUCUGCCUCCUCCUCUGCUUCCUCGUGUCCUUCGCUUGCUUCCUCCAGUCGGCAAGGCACCACGUCCACGCGAGCUACCUGAUCACCACUCCGGGAUCCCUCGUCGACCCCGAGGAUGUCAAGGUGGUGGUCAUACGAGGGGGCGAGUUCUGGUCGCUCGGGCACCGGUCGCUCUACUUCGCCCUGAGCUUGCUGCUCUGGUUUUUCGGGCCCGUCCCGAUGUUCAUCACGUCGGUGGUUCUAGUGAUGAUUCUGCAUCACCACGACAAGUAUUCAAUUCCUAUAAAGAGACGUCCGCUUGGAAAGAAAACUCAGAUUGAGAGUAGAGUGUAAGAGCAACAACUUGGGUGGAGUCAAAAUCGAUGCAAGAAAUCAAUUUUCAGAUUUUUAAUUAGGUAUAUGAAAUACAUUGUAUUCAUUUGAAUAUUUGUUGAAAAAGUCGGUACAUGUCAAA